AUGUUUGGAGGAACAGGAGAUUCUGGAUCAGCCCCAAAGCACAAACAGGGGUCUAUUUUUGGAAGUAUGAGCACUCAAAGCGCACCACAAGAAUUUUCAAGUUCUAGAGGAGGUGGGAACCCAAGAGGAGGAUUUAAUCCGAGACGAGGUAGGGGUCAAAGACCUAGGCAGGACAGAUCCCAGUCAUCACCCCAUAUGGGAGGGAUGGAAUCUAGGAACCCUAGAGAUACAAACUCUAAAUAAGAAAAAGAAAAAUCCAACGGAUCAGCCCAAACCUCCCUCAUCAGAAGGCUCAAUAUUUGGUGUGCAAUCUGCGAUGCAUACUCCUCAAGUUAGCCAACAGAUUGGAAGCCGCCCUUCGGCAAGAGGUGGUUUUAACCCAAGAGCAGGCUCUGGGUUUGGCUCUGCCCAAAACGAGGCUCCAAAGCAACAUAGGCCAUCACAAUAUGAGAGCUCUAGCUCAAGAGGUUCCACAAGAGGUCAACAUAGAGGAUCAAGAGGAACACAGGAUUUUACAAGAGGGAAUCCCAGAGGUGACUUUCGAGGGGAUUUCAGAGGAAGACCAAGAGGUCAGUCACUAAGAGGAAGAAAAAGAGGAGAGUCUCAAAAUUCCGAAGGCAACCAAGGGGCUCCAUUUGGAAUGUUUACAGGUGGAGGAUACAACCCAAGAUCAUCAAAUCCAAGUCUUGAGAUGGUUGACGAUCAAAAAUUUCAAACUUGGAAUAAAGACCAAAGUUCAUCUAAAGGAGAUAAACAGAAAUUAUUUGAUAAAUUACAAAGAUCAACAGCGAGAGAUUUCUCCUCCAGUAGUAGGAGUGAUAAUUCCAGAGGUGGAAGACAUUCAGCUCCAAAGUAUGAAAGAGGGCCUAAAAGCUCAAAAAUGGAUUCUCAGGAAUAUUAUGAAAGACAGAUGCAAAACCCUGCUAUCCAAGCUAGAAAGAAAAUUCCAUGUACAUAUUUUCAGAAAGGACAGUGCAGAAGAGGGGAUUCUUGUCAUUUCAGUCAUGAAAUUGCUCAGCAACCUGAAGGGGGUCAUAAAACUUGGACAAAGCCAACCCAGAAAAAGAAAGCAGUUUCAGAAACAAUGUCAGUAGAGAGUUCGAGAGCAAAAUCUGUAGAGAUGUCACUGGAAGAAAAUAAAUACAGUAAUGAAGAAGAGGAGGAGAAAGAAGAUGAGAUUUCAGAAGAUGAAAAUUUUCCGCAAAGAAAAGCUCCUUCCCCGCCAAAAGAUAAUCCUAACAAAGGGAAAGAUCUGAGAAGCAUGCUUAAUAAAAUAAGACAAAAUCCUCCUCCAGCUCCGAUCCAAUCAGAAUCUAGUGAAGGAGAGUCUGAAGAAGCUUAUAAUUCAGACACUUUCGGAAAUAUCAGGUCUAUAAAAUUUAAGUCACAGAAAAGUGAUCCCAAGAAGGGGGCUUUAAAGCCAACUGAUAUUGCAAACAUCAAAGAAGAUGCCCUCAGUGAGAUUGACUCUGUUGGAGAGAAAGCUGAGCAAGAUGAUAUUGAACAAACCUCGAAUAUCCAAAACUCUAAGCUGAAGCUAGUUAAGAAAAUAAAUUCAGAUUCAUACUCGAAGAUAAUCAAAAUUAUAGCUAAAUCUCAAGCUGACAUUAGAUCAGGAAAACUUCCUGAACUAGCUACUGAAAAAGCCCAGUUGAUGAGGAUGUGUGAGCUCUCUGAGAUUCAGAAGAGGGAAAGAUGAAGAGAGCUCUACACAUUUGAACUCGAUCCUGACGACAAUGACCUCUCAGUCGUCAGCAAGGAGUGUCCGCCCAAGGCAAAUAUUGAAUGGUGUAUUAAAAACUACAAAAGAAGUGCAGCUGAUAUUAAGCUAGAUGAUCCGCUAACAAUCAGACCGAUUCCUCUUCAAGUUCUGAUACUUGACUAUAUGCUUGAUGAAAUAGUUGACUCAGAUAAGAUGGAAAAGACUAAAUUUUAUCAAAAGAAGACUAUUCACUUUGAUGAAAUUAACCGCUUCUUCUUUGAUAGAACAAGAGCAAUGAGGCAAGAACUAACUCUCAUCGGUGAUAAUACCUGUAAAGGGCAUAUCCAGCUGUUAGAGAAGAUUGCUCGGUUCCAUUGCCUUGCUAGUAACGAAGCAAUAGGUGGAGAAGAUUUCUCAAUCAAACAGAAUAAUGAACAAUUUACUUCUUCCCUAACAAUGCUCAGGGAAAGUUAUAAUACUGUUAAUGAUAUCCUUGAUGAUCCUAAAAGUUCAGGAGUCUCUAGUUCUGAAGUAUACAGAUCUCCUUUUGAAGGAGAAAUGAGAGCCUACAUGAUCUUGACUCAAAUGAAUGACACUCUCGAAGUCCUUGAGACCUUAAAGUCUCUCAAACCUGAUGUUGCACAAGCAAAAGAGGUGAAGUAUGCUACAAAAAUAUUCCAUGCUUAUAACAACAGAGAUGUGGAGAAGUAUUUUAAAUUAUUCAGAAAUGCUCCUUAUCUGAUAGCAUGCUGUUGAGUCCACACAAUUGAUGACAUGAGAAAAAGAGCUCUAAGGAUUUUACUGAAGGGAAUCAAGGAUGUUGUGGAAGACCCCGAUACUAAGAAGAAAGCCCUAAAAUUCAAGCUCCCUCUAGAACUUGUCACAGAGGUUUUGUGAAUGGGCAAUAAGAAUGAAGCGAAAGAGUUCCUUGAAACUACAGGUUAUACUACAUAUCAAGAGCCUAAUUCAAAAGAAGUUGAUGUACUUUAUUCUUCUCCAAAUGGAAAGGUUUGGAAGCCUGUUAGAAAUGACAAAUAUAUCGAAUCAAAGAAAGUAGAUGGUCAAAAGCUUCAUUCCAGAGGUGAUAUCAUCCGCGGAGUGUCAUGUAGAAUUGAUAAUAACAUUCCUACAUUAAAAAUAACAUCAAGAUCGACUUCAAUCACUCAAAAGCCGCUUACAGCUCCAGUCCAGAGCCUUGAUGAGAAACGGAAGAUUGCUUCUGAAGCAAGGGCUAAAGGGCGUGAAGUUCUAGAACUUGAAUUAAAAGCCCAAAUGAAGAAGAAGGCAGAACAAGAUCGAAUCCAAAAAGAGAAGCAACAACAACAACAGAAGGAGAUUCAGCUUAAGCAACAAAAAGUCUUAGAAGCUGAACGCAAGAAGAAGCUGGAAGAAGAGCGUAAGAGAAAAGCAGAAGAGGAACUCAGACUAAAAGUCCUUAAAGAAAAGCAGAGAAAAGAAGCUGAGCGUAGGAGAAAAGAAGAGCUUGAACGCAAACGUAUCGAACUCAUCAAGAAACGGCAAGAAGUGACUAAAAAGAAUAUUGAUAAGAGAAACAGAGAGAUCAUGCUUAUGUUCUUUGAGAAAUUUAAGCAAUACCAUAAAAAGAGUCAACAGAUCAAACACUAUGUGAAGUCAAUGUUUACUCCAUACUAUUGAAGACCUGUGACACCAAGAAGAUUUUGAUUUGAUCUUCUUAACAGGCCAAAACCUUCUCAGAAAUUGGAAUUAAUAGAUACAUCAGAUGAGAAGUUCACAGCCGGACUUGAAAAGAUCAUCCUGCCCAAAAUAAGUGGUAAAGUUCCUCCAAAAGGACUUUCAACUAUUCAUUACAGGAUAUCCUUGUUCCUUUCAAAUCCUGAAUUAGAGAGCGAUUCUAGGGAUAAUAAAAUUUUCUCGAACUGGUUGAUCACCUCUCUCUCAGACUCAAAAAAGACCUUAAAGACCCUACUAAAGAAGGUGGAGGAGGGUAUUUACACUGAAGAAGUGCUACUGUUCUGCAAAAACUUACUACUUAAAGAUAAGAAAAGAAAGCACCACACUGUUUCUUAUACUCUAAAUGCUCAGUAUGAAGAAAAGCCUGACCUCAGGCUUAGUUCCAGGACUAAGAACCAGUUCUAUCUAAACAGGACCCAUGGGACAAAUGUGAUUGUAUUUGUAGUAAACAGUCAGAGCAGCUUUGAUUGUCUCAAAAUCUUGGUUCAAAGCACAUUGGAAUACUCUUAUAAAUCCCUUGUAGUUUACAACUUGUCAGAGCUCAGCCAUAUAGAGUCUUCAGGAAUCCAGGAAUAUCUUGAUACAAAAGCCUCAAACACGAAAUUCAUUAUGAAAAUAUGCAGAGACAUAGUCCUCUCAAAAGAGGAAGCUCGACUUGCGCAAACAGUUGGGGAUAGGCUUUCUUAUUGGUCCAGAAAUACUAUUUGCACCAUACUAAAGGGUGCCAAAGAAUCUAAUUUGCCUGAUUACUCCAGAGUUUCUUACUCUACUGGGAUCCACAAAGUAUUCAAGGAGAACCUCAUGCUUGAGCUUGUCAGUAAGACAAUGUGAAAUGAAGAUUUCAGCCUGGUAGACACACUCAUAGAAUACGGUGACCUUGAAGAAGACAAAACUAAGGAGUGGGAAGAACUUGAGAAAUACAUAAAAUGUAGAGACCUAAAAUCCUUUGACGCCAAGAUCAGCAUUCUCCAAGAAAUCAUAAAGCUGACUCUAGAAGACUUAAAGGCAGGGAUUUCCAAUUGCUGUGUGAUGGACCCUAAAUAUUUCGGAAAUUUUGCUACUAAAAUAGAGGCAAGUUUUGAAAAUAUCCCAAAGUUAUUAGAAUUCCUCAAUACAUCCAAGAAAGACUAUGACCUUGACUUCUUUGGAUGUCCUCCUAAGGGGUACACUGAAACAAGCUACAAUUAUUGUAAGAUGUCAAAAUAUUUCGAGGAGUACUUAUGAGGUCUCACCCAGAAGAUAAACCCUGACCUUCUUGAUUACCAAGUAAAGAAGAUGGUAUAUGAUGUAGUCGGCCUCAUCGUCAGAAAUUAUAAAUAUCCAGAUAAGAAAAUUCCUGGAAUCAACUCCAAACUUGCUUUCUACACAUUGGUCAAGAUAGUUGAGAAGUCAAUGGCGCUUAGCAAGUAUGAAAUAAUUUACCGCAGGAGCUCAGAUGAUGAGCUCCCAGAACUUGUCAAAAGAUUCGAUGUCGCUGAAGUUCUUCACAGGAUGAGAAAUUAUGGAGGUGAGGAUCUCACACCGAAAGUCUACAUUGAGAACCUCAAUUGGAAGUACCAACUUGCUUUUAGUGACUUAAGACGCAACCCUGUUGACAAAAGCGAAUUAAAUAAGGAACUCAAGAAGGGAGAAAUAAAGAAGAGAGAGCUUAAAAGGAAAGCCAAAAUGGAAGAUAUUUCUCCAAUCAUCAAGCUCAAUGCAACCAAGAAGUACAAAGAGGAAGAGACUAAGACAGAGCAAAAGCCUGUCUCUGAAUUUAAAAGACCAAGGAUUGAAAAGGAAUACGAUACUGAAGAGCUUGAUGCUAUUGACUCUUACUCAAGUGAUGAAAGUCAUACCCUUACUGAUGGGCUUGACGAUGUAAUAAUGGACAAAAAUUAUCUCUAAAUCAAAAAUCAAUGAAAAGCUUAUUAAAA